AUGUUUGCUAAUCGAAUCUCGUACUGGCUGAAUGCCAAAGGGCCAUCUAUGGCUAUAGAUGAGGCUUGCUGCAGUUCUACUUGUGCACUCGAGCAGGCUUACCUCGCUAUUACUCGAGGAGAAUGUGAUGCCGCAAUUGUUGGAGCAGGCAGCCUGUGUUUGCAUCCACAAUCCUCUGUCCACUAUGGGAGAAUCAUGAAACUAAGUAUGGAUGGUAAAACAAAGUCAUUUGAUAGUAAUCCCGCUGGAUGUUCUAAAUCGGAAUCAGUCAAUGUCCUUUUCUUGCAAAAAGCUAAAGAUGCACUAAGAGUUUAUGCAGAAGUUGCUUAUAUUAAAUGUGAGUUUACUCAACUAGAAGAAGAUGAAAGUGGUCCAAAAUACGGUUUCUACAGAAAUCCUACUAUUUCGGCUGAUUUUAUAAAAAAAUUCUAUCAAGAAGCUGACGUUUCACCAGAUGUCGUGGAAUAUGUUGAAGCAGUUGGCUCAGCUGUUGCUGAAGCUGAUAAAUCUGAAUUACAAGCGAUUGAUGAAGUUUUUUGCAAAAAUAGAAGUGACCCCCUAAAAGUGGGAAGUGUCAUGUCUAACAUUGGUUAUACAGAAGCCGCAUCAGGCAUAUGUGCCAUUACCAAAGUUCUCCUGGCUUAUCAUACUGGAAAGAUCGCAGCGAAUUUACAUUGUGAUUCACCGCGACAAGAUGUUGCGGCACUCCGUGAUGGUCGAAUAUGCAUUGUCACAGAUCAUAUGGACUUCAACUACUCAUACACAGCUGUAAACGGCCUGUCGGUUACAGGCGUUAACUCACACAUCUUACUAAAAGGCCAUUAUAAGCAAAAGGAGACCAUGUUGAAUAGUGAUAAUUGUGAGCAACUAGUGGAAAAGGAAGUAUUGGCAACAAGUAUGGCGGAAUCCCGCACUGUGGAGAAAAGACAAAGACAAAACAGUGACGACACGGAAAAUGAAAAUGAAGAGUUUAUUACGACUAGAUCGUAUAGAGAUGUUUUAAUUACAACAAAACAAAUGCAAAGUAUUGAGGAGCACGAAGAUAUGUCAAAUGAUGUAGAAGAAAUGAAUGAUGAUGAUACUGAAGUUCAGAAUGUAAAUACUGACGACACUAAUUAUCUACACACCGAAAAGUCAGCAUCCUCUAAAGAAUUGAACAAUAACCAGGAUGUAGAGAAAGACAAUUUAAAUAAAUUUAAAGAUUUAUACAGGAAGCUGAAAGAAAUUAUUAUAUCGAAGAGAGACUUUAAAGAAAAGAUAUGUGAUGCAUUCUACUUAGUGAUAGAAGAAAUUUGUAUCUCAUUUCCAUCGUUGAGAAAAGUAGGUGAAGUGAUUAAGAAAAUGUCAUCCUUCUUUGAUGGA